CAGCGGGCCGCUCACAGCUCGGCUCAGGCAGCAGCAGCGGCACCAUGUCCGGCAGAGGCAAGGGCGGGAAGGGGCUCGGCAAGGGGGGCGCCAAGCGGCACCGCAAGGUGCUGCGCGACAACAUCCAGGGCAUCACCAAGCCGGCCAUCCGGCGCCUGGCGCGGCGCGGCGGCGUCAAGCGCAUCUCGGGACUCAUCUACGAGGAGACGCGCGGCGUGCUCAAGGUCUUCCUGGAGAACGUGAUCCGCGACGCCGUCACCUACACCGAGCACGCCAAGCGCAAGACGGUCACGGCCAUGGACGUGGUCUACGCCCUCAAGCGCCAGGGACGCACCCUCUACGGCUUCGGCGGCUAAAGCGCGCAGCCAGCUGCUUCUCGGACCCUCUCGACACCCCAAAGGCUCUUUUAAGAGCCGCCCACCUUCUCUUCAGAAAGAGCUGUGACAUUGUACGUGUUCUUUGAAAGAGCUGUGUGUUACAUUUAUUGCUUAUUGUAGCCUUCCUUUGUAUUGACAGUUACUGUUUCUGAAGAAUUUAUGGUAAUCGCAGUUUCGUCCUUUUCCCAACGUUAAUAGCAAAGCUGCUUGUGCUCUGUGAAAGCCUUAUUAAUUCCCCUGUGAUAGCUGAGCACGCUGCCAAAAUUUAGUGUUUCGUGACCAAUGAUUUCCUAAUCAAUUUUUUUUUUCAUUUUCAAAGAUCUAUGUGUAAUCUGGAAUACUAUUCAAUGUAUUAUUCCUUAUUUUUUUUUAUAUCUAAGUAUAGGUUAUCUGCAUUUACAGGAAAAGGGAAGCUAAUGUAAGAAAAGAUGAAUGUUUCUUUUCUCAUAACUUCUAAAUUUUUUAACUGUAAUCUGGUUUCAGUUCUAUGUUAAUUAUUUUUAAAAGUCCUUUUCACGUGUAGUAUUUAAUGCAGAUUUUUGGAAAAAAAAUAUAUAUAUAUUUCCAAUUUUCUCCCUCAUGCACCUGGCAACACAUCUUAAUAAAAAAUAAUCCCCAUCCGUUAUUUUAUCAAAAGGAGAA